UAAAAACCAAAGAGGAAAGAGGAUUUGGAGUCGAGAGUAGGGUAUCAAAACCUCUGAAAAUGUAGAAAACGAAUAAAUGCGGGGUGACGGUGCACAGAGACGCGAAGACCCAAUUGCGCAACCUCCGUUUCGCUGUUUUUGCUUUUCCCGAGAUUCGCAAGCUUCUCUCAAAUUCUUUAUCUGUUUCUGUUUGAGCUUGGUAAGAUGAGUCCUCCAAUGGCUGAUCACAAGCCUAAAUCGGACAUCUCCUUCGCCGGAACGUUCGCCAGUAGCGCAUUUGCUGCUUCCUUCGCUGAGCUGUGUACUAUUCCAUUGGAUACUGCUAAGGUUAGGCUUCAGCUCCAAAAGAAAUCAGUUGCAGGGGAUGCACUGACUCUACCAAAAUAUAAGGGAAUGCUAGGUACAGUUGCCACCAUUGCAAGAGAAGAAGGUCUAGCUUCUCUCUGGAAAGGCAUUGUACCUGGAUUACAUCGUCAAUGCUUAUUCGGAGGUCUAAGAAUUGGCUUGUAUGAACCUGUUAAGACCUUAUAUGUGGGUGAUAAUUUUGUUGGAGAUGUUCCGUUGUCCAAGAAAGUACUUGCUGCACUUACAACUGGUGCCCUUGGAAUCACAAUUGCAAAUCCUACUGAUCUUGUGAAAGUUAGACUUCAAGCUGAAGGAAAAUUGCCUCCUGGUGUGCCAAGGCGUUAUUCUGGUGCACUGAAUGCUUAUUCUACAAUAGUGAGACAGGAAGGAGUUGGGGCUCUAUGGACUGGGAUUGGGCCUAACAUAGCUCGAAAUGCUAUUAUAAAUGCUGCUGAACUAGCUAGCUAUGAUCAAGUGAAGCAGACAAUUCUAAAGAUUCCGGGGUUCACAGAUAAUGUUUUUACUCAUUUGCUAUCUGGUUUGGGGGCUGGUUUUUUUGCAGUCUGCAUUGGCUCUCCAGUUGAUGUGGUUAAGUCAAGAAUGAUGGGGGAUUCUUCUGCAUAUAAAAGUACUCUUGAUUGUUUCGUCAAGACUUUGAAGAACGAUGGGCCUUUUGCUUUCUAUAAGGGCUUUAUCCCAAAUUUUGGACGGUUAGGAUCUUGGAAUGUGAUCAUGUUUCUGACCUUGGAGCAGGCCAAGAAGUUUGUUAGAAGUAUAGAGUCACCUUGAGUUUAGAGGAUAGACAGUGAAGCCAGCCGUGAAGACAUUUUGGAUGGUGAUUGCUGCCAUAACCGAUGAAUGUUUAGAGAAAAAUAAAAUGCAUUGUUGCUGUUUUUGUUGUUGUUCCCAUUUUUUGAUGCUUAAUAAAGGGUCCUAAUGGAAAAAACAAUUGGAAAGAUUUUGGCAACUUGGUGACAUGUAUGCAGUUAUGAUUUUUGCA